CGCCAUAUGAUAUCAGCAAGGCAUCAAUCAGGCAUCAGUUGGUAUUGUUCGGUAAGGAACCUCUAUAUUCCGACAUUAACAUGCGCAUCACGUGAUCAACUACCAUAUACCAUGGCUUGGCAUUGGUAGAUGGUAUACAACCACCACAACAGUGCCAAAAUUCGUGAGUAUCUGCUCACGAAUUCCACGCUAGCCACUGAUUACAGAAGCAUUGCAAUUGCCAAUCCUAUGCCCGAUUUCAGUAUGGGGGAAGCCCCGGGCGCCUGUGAAUCCCCGACUGCUUCCCCCCGGGAGCUCACCACCCUGAAGCGACCGCCCAAACGACCGAGACCAGAAACACCAAAGAGAACCACACAACCUGCUCCUACCCUCGGGAACUGGCAACUACCUGGCCAGUCUGUUCAGGACACGCCCCCAGCAUCCCCCUCCCAUGAAACCCCCCAGAGCCAAUUGGGCCUCGAGCUCCGAAGCCACAUUGCAGCAGCGGUAGCAUCCCGCACAGCGGAGAUAAAAACUACAGGAGAUGAGGUCCUGGACCUUGUGUCUAUGAUCAGUCAGAAAGUCUCCAGUUGGGAAGAAAAAGGCCUUAGGAGCGCAGCAGCCUUGGGCAAAGACUUUAGGACCCUGGUCCUCAAUUUCAGCAAGAACUUGGCGUCUGGGGACACCACCAAAUGGGAAGAGAACCAUCAGUCCUCUCCCUCUGUGCAUAGAGGCUAUGCCGAAGCUGCUAAAAAAGCCCCAGCUAACAUUCCCAAGACUCAACCCAAACUAUAUGAGACUCCCCACAAGUCACCACAACUGGAGAAGCCCCCCUGAAUCUUCCUCUGCCUCCCCAAAGAUCAUGCAGCCCGCCGAGCUAGCCCUUAUGCCACUAUGGAUACGCUAAGAAAACAUUUAGACAAGACCUGUUCUACAGCUGUAAAAGAGGUCCAACAAGUGCCCUCUGGCCUGGCUAUCUGGCCUAAGGAUGGUUUGGGUCUCCAGCUCCUCAUGGAACGUAGAGAGACCCU